UCUCUGCCUUGGUUCCGGUCUUGCUCCUGCCUUGGGCGCCAUCUUGGAUUUGGGGACAACUGGAGUGAGUGAGAGGGAGGGAGCAGACGGAGGAACCCGAAGAGGCAAGAGAGAGGGGAGGGGGGCCGGAUAGAGUCAGGCCCCCCACCCCCACAGCACCCUCCCCUGUAGAGACGCCCUCCCUUUCCCCGCUUCCACCCCCAAUUCCCUGGAUCUGAAAGGAUAUCUGCCUUUUACAGGGACCACUCCACCCCCGCCCACCUGACCUCUCAUUCCUUUUUGUUCCCCCUCCCCCCGGCUUCCCUUCAAGACCCCCGUCAAUCCCCUUUUGCAGAGUCUUGCAAUCCUCCUCGCCCGUUAUCUGUAGGCUCCCCUUAUACCUCCUCUGUAAACAUCUGUGGGCAGCCGCCAACAGCUGGAAGAGACUGCAGCAUCCUAUGAAGCCCAUGCCGCCUUCCCCUCGCAGCCCAUCCCUUGGUCUCUGGCAAAGCGAGCUGCUGGGCGAUUGUCUUCUUUUUCCUCCACCCACCCACUCCCACCCCUUCCUUCCUUCUAAUUUCGGAUUUUUCUCCCUACCCCUGAAUUGCAGCCAUUUAAGAAGGGCCCUAGACUCUUGUUGCAUCCUUCUACAGGGCUACUACCUCCCUCGCGUUCCCCGGUUACCCAGCCAACUUGCAUGUCUUCCCUUCUGCAGGGCAAUUUUUCCCUACCCAAACAAGAGGGAGGGAAGGAGAGGCUCGGAGGGGGGCUGUUGUAGGUACCCUAUGUUUCCCACCCAGAGGCCUUCCUUUUCCAGGGAAGCUACUGACAGGUCCCUCUAAACCCUCUUCCUUGAUUGGAGGGAGUAGGGAAAAGAGGGAGGUAGUUGGGGGUACUCUCCCCACCCCCCAAUAUCUUGGAGCUGGAGCCGCAAGGGGAAGAAUAUCUAGGCAGCUGCGGAGACUUACAGGAGAACAGCAACAGUGAAGUCCAGCCUCACCCACGGCCACCAUGCCGUCUAAUGCCCGGGCUGGCAGUUUGAAGGACCCUGAAGUGGCUGAGCUGUUCUUCAAGGAUGACCCUGAGAAGCUCUUUGUUGACCUGCGGGAGAUUGGUCAUGGCAGUUUUGGAGCUGUCUACUUUGCUCGAGACAUACGCAACAAUGAAGUGGUGGCUAUUAAGAAGAUGUCCUACAGUGGGAAGCAGUCUAAUGAGGGGUCUUCUUUAAACUUUAACACAAAAUGGCAGGACAUUAUCAAGGAGGUGAAAUUGCAAAAGCUACGCCACCCAAACACAAUUGAAUACAAAGGCUGCUACUUACGGGAACAUACAGCAUGGCUGGUGAUGGAAUACUGCCUAGGCUCAGCCUCAGAUUUGCUGGAAGUGCACAAGAAACCACUGCAGGAAGUAGAGAUUGCAGCCAUAACGCAUGGUGCUCUGCAGGGACUUGCCUACCUGCAUUCACACAAUAUGAUCCACAGGGAUGUGAAAGCUGGGAAUAUCCUUCUGACUGAACCAGGACAAGUGAAACUGGGGGACUUUGGCUCAGCUUCUAUCAUUGCUCCUGCUAACUCCUUUGUUGGCACCCCAUACUGGAUGGCUCCGAAGUGAUUCUAGCCAGUGGAUGAGGGGCAGUAUGAUGGCAAGGUGGAUGUCUGGUCUCUUGGCAUCACUUGUAUUGAGCUUGCGGAGCGCAAACCACCCCUCUUUAACAUGAAUGCUAUGAGUGCCUUAUACCACAUCGCCCAGAAUGAUUCACCAUUGCUGCAUAGUCACUGGUCUGAAUAUUUCCGAAAUUUUGUGGAUUCAUGCCUGCAGAAGAUCCCCCAGGGUCCAACCUCUGAUGUGCUGCUUAAGCAUCGCUUUCUCUUGAGGGAGCGACCCCAGACUGUUAUUAUGGACCUGAUUCAGAGGACCAAGGAUGCAGUGAGGGAGCUUGACAAUCUGCAGUACCGCAAGAUGAAGAAAAUCCUCUUCCAGGAAGCUCAGAAUGGUCCAAAUGCGGAGGCACCAGAAGAGGAAGAGGAAGUAGAGCAGUUUCUUCACCGGACAGGAACCAUCAAUAGCAUGGAGAGCAGCCACUCCGUACCCAGUAUGUCCAUUAGUGCCAGCAGUCAGAGCAGCAGCGUGAACAGCCUGGCCGAUGCCUCAGAUGAUGAUGACGGGGCUGAGAUUGCCAUGAUGCAGGAAGGCGAGCACACCGUCACCUCCAAUAGCUCCGUCAUCCACCGUCUUCCGGGCCAUGACAAUCUGUAUGAUGAUCCCUACCAGCCAGAAAUGGAGGCCCCAGAGUCAUCGUCAGCUUCCCGACGACGUGCCUACUGCCUUAACCGAGAUCACUUUGCCACCAUUCGUACAGCUUCUCUGGUGACUCGCCAAAUCCAGGAGCAUGAGCAAGACUCAGCACUGCGGGAUCAGAUGAGCGGCUACAAACGGAUGCGGCGUCAACAUCAGAAACAGUUGCUGGCUCUGGAGAAACUGCGGGCUGAGCUGGAUGAACACCAGCUGCGCCUCGACAAAGAGCUUGAGGCCCACCGCAACAACUUCUCAGCCGAGGCUGAAAAACUGGCCAAGAAGCAUCAGGCUAUUUUUGAGAAAGAGGCAAAAGCUGCCCUGGCCGAAGAGAAGAAAUUUCAGCAACAUAUCUUGGGUCAACAGAAGAAGGAGUUGGGCAACUUACUUGAAUCACAGAAGCGCCAAUAUAAGUUACGGAAGGAGCAGCUGAAAGAGGAGUUGCAAGAGAAUCAGAGCACACCCAAGCGGGAAAAGCAGGAAUGGUUGCUCAGACAAAAAGAGAACAUGCAACAUUAUCAGGCCGAGGAAGAGGCCAACCUUUUGCGGCGCCAGCGGCAGUACUUUGAGCUGCAAUGUCGCCAAUACAAACGCAAGAUGCUGCUGGCACGCCAUAACUUGGACCAAGACUUACUGCGGGAGGAACUGAACAAGAAACAAACACAGAAGGAUCUGGAGUGCGCCAUGUUGCUGCGCCAGCAUGAGUCCACCCAGGAGUUGGAAUUUCGUCACCUUCACACUGUCCAGCGUACCCGCACAGAGCUUACCCGUCUGCAACACCAAACUGAGCUGUCAAACCAGCUGGAAUACAAUAAACGCCGUGAACAGGAACUGCGCCAGAAGCAUGCCAUGGAGGUCCGGCAGCAGCCUAAAAGCCUCAAAUCCAAAGAACUGCAAAUUAAAAAGCAGUUUCAGGACACCUGUAAGAUCCAGACGCGGCAAUACAAGGCCCUUCGCAACCAUCUCUUGGAGACCACCCCGAAGAGCGAGCACAAGGGGAUUCUCAAACGUCUGAAGGAUGAACAGACCCGCAAGCUGGCCAUCUUAGCCGAGCAGUAUGACCACAGCAUCAAUGAAAUGCUCUCCACCCAGGCCCUGCGUUUGGAUGAAACUCAAGAGGCAGAAUACCAAGUCCUAAGGAUGCAGUUGCAGCAGGAGCUCGAGCUGCUGAACGCUUACCAGAGCAAAAUCAAGAUCCACACCGAGGCCCAGCAUGAACGUGAGAUCAAGGAGCUGGAGCAGCGGGUGUCUAUCCGCAGGGCCCUCCUAGAGCAAAGAAUCGAAGAGGAGAUGUUGGCCUUGCAGAAUGAACGCUCCGAUCGCAUCCGCAGCCUCUUGGAGCGCCAGGCCCGGGAGAUCGAAGCCUUCGACUCUGAAAGUAUGCGUCUGGGAUUCAGCAAUAUGGCGCUCACAGGCAUUCCAGCUGAAGCCUUCAACCAAGGCUACACGGCCCCUCCUCAGCCCUGGCCCUCCCGCCCAGUUCCCCGCAGUGGCUCCCAUUGGAGCCACGGGGUUCAGAAUACGGCUGGUGCUCCUCACGCAUGGAGGCAGCCUCCCAUGCUUGCCCCGCCCCCUUCAGCCUGGCUUCAUCCCCCUUCCUCAUCUCCCUCCUCCUCUUCCUCCUCCUCCUCGGCUCCUGGUGGCCGCUCCAAUGUGGUCAUGCUGAGAAACAGCCCCCAACCACUGCGGCGCACAGCUUCUGGUGGCCAGUCGGACCAGGGCAUCAGCCGUUCAGCCAGCGUCACUUCUCACAUCCUCAACGGGUCACAUUUUUCCUACUCGUGAAGCGAUUGGUAGAGAACAGGGAGACUUGGCUGGAGGCAAAUGGGAGAUUGGCUGGUGAAAAAAAGGGAGGGAGGCGGGGCAUGUUAUCCGGGGGUCGAUAAGUUAAAACAAAAAACAAAAAAUGGGAGAAGCUGUGAAACUGGACCACAGUGGAAGGCUCUCGGUCAUCAUCAGUAGCCUUUGAGUUGUCAAUCACCAGGAGAAGGUUGGACUGUGAGAUGGAAGGUUGCAUUCUCGUCCUCUGGCGCAUAGCUGGUGCCUCCUCAGACCGUGGUUUCCUAUCUCCCGCCAAAUGGAUAGAGACAUCGAAGCCUAUUCUUGUGUCCCUGACAGCUGCCGCUUGCUCCCCCAGCGUCGCCACAAUCUGUAGAUGAAGACAGACCAAGAAUAGUGUUCCAGCAAUGGAGAUAAAUAUUAUCUCUUCAGGGUGUGGCUGAAUAAUCUCUUCUCUUGAGAAGAGAGUUGGGGUGGGGGGUGGGGUGGGGGAAGAAAAGAAAAAAAACUCCCACAAUACAACAAAUCCAGAAUUUUUUUUAAUUGUGCACUGUGGCUUGUUUGUGGGUGUAAUUGGAGCUGCUGCAGCCAGAAACCCUGCUUCUCCCUCUCCCAAGGCCAGGGGUUCCUUGAAGUCAGCUUGGCUAGUGAGAGGAGCGGACGGGCCUUUGAACUGGAGAGAAUCCUGGAUUUGCAUUGAUGGUGGGGCUAACCUGCAUGCUUAGAAAUUUUCAGAGUGACAGUGAGGAACUUUGCAUCCUGGGCGUAGGCACUGGCUUUUGUUCCUGCUCAAAUUCACAAGACAGGAGGAGAUGACAGAAUUUAAUCUUGCUUUCUGUGUACCUUCCUUAACUUACUCUAGCCCAAGGACGGGAAAGAGAAAUGUAUAGGACAGGCUACUCUGGGCUCUAAAAUCUGCAUUGCCUUCUCUUUCUCAAUCAGGGGCCUACUCCAGCUCUGGAGACUGUCUUGGCAUCAUCCUGGUCCCACAUGAUGGGGAUGAUAAAUGGGUUUUCAACUCUCUUCAUCCCGAUCAUGAUCCGAAUGUAGAUAUUAAUCAGUGCCCUCCAUCCACAACCCCAAUGUCUGUUUUGAGAUGUGGCCCUAAGCCCACCGUAGUCCGGGGAUCAUCUUAAUGAUCAUCCCUUAAGCUUAUAAACAUUGUCUUUCUUCCCUCGCUCUCCUCUCUUAUGGCAGAAGCAUCCAAUGAUUCUUGUAACAAGGGGCUUCGGACUGGAGCUCCCCCCAAACAUGCACAUAUAGCACAUUUAGUUUCCUGAUCACAAUCUAGAUCUCUGGAAGAGAUUUAGCUUAGUGCUUAUGCAACUAACCUUUAUAUGAAAUUACCUCCUCCGAGUUGCUUUAGAUGCAGUUUGCCCACCUUAUAAUUUUCAAGCCUUUUUGCCUUUUCUAUAUUUUGUCACCUAUCACAGCCUUGCCACCUUCCAUUGCUCAUGUUAGCCUCUUCCAAUCUGCAGACCUGGGUUCAUAUUUGCACGUAAGAGAUUUGGAUUGCAGAGUUCAGGGAGUCCGCUGAUUCAAGUACUUUCCUUGGUUGGCUCAGAUUGUACAGAGUGCCAUUGUCAUCUCAUUUCUUCCUACACAUUCUCCUUCUCAAGCCAUACAUCCAUUCUGUAAAUUACAGAAUAGCCCAGUGUGAUCAAACCUCAAGGCUGUCUAUCCAGGGUUUGAGAUCAGAGACCACUUGACCUAAUAAAUAAUGUUGAAGGCCAGCUAUCUCUACUUUGGGCUUAAGAAACAGGGCCUCCCUUUCCGCUGAAGGGCAGGCAGAUUAAUUAACCUGAGAACAAUCAGGAUGAGACUGAAGUGGGCUCAUCAGCUGACCUAAAGGUUUUCAAAAUCGUCUUAUCUUGCUUUAUUUUGAGCAUUUGCUUGAACUUCCUUGGUGCUCCAUCCAAGAGAAAGUCUGAAAUCGAUAUCGUGAAAGGGUGUGCAUUUGAUAGGAAUUAAGAUAUCUAGAACCCAGCUUCUUUCAUGAGAGCAAGUUAAUCUGGCAGUGAGGGUCACUUGGGAUUCAUUCCCUCUUCCUGUCCCCUCCCCCACUAAAAUCUAGAAACCAUAACAACAGUCUUCACCAACCUGAUGUUACCCAGAUAAGUUGGACUGCAACUUCCAUCACCCGCAGCCGGGAUGGCUAAAGAGAGUUCUAGCUCAACCUCUCUAAAGGGCAUCGGGAUUGGCAAGACUGUUGUAGGACGGAGGCUUUUGCAGUUCCUGAAAAAUGAAGCGUAACACUGAAGUGUUCGAAUUUUAAACAAUAGUGUACAGUAGGCAACACUGGUGUCUGCCCAAGGAGAAAGACCUUUUCUUCUAGCAGUUCCAUCCAUCAGAGAAGAAUGCCAGGGUCCUAUCCAGUGAACAGCAGUUGUUAUGGGAAAGCUUGUGGCGAAGUCUCCUCUUUUAAAUUGCAAGUGGGGAGAAUUCUGAGGAAGUUAAAAUGCCCAUUGGAAGACUAGAUGUCAGGUGGCCUCCGAGAUAGAACUUCUGAGACACUGGUUUUGUAUGCUUUACAAGUAUUUUCACUGUUUUUGGGGGGGGGGGGAUCUACACUAGGUUGACUCUGACCAGUUAUUAAAGUGAGCAGGAGUGAGGAUUUCACCAGUUCCCUGUUUGCUGUUUAUGUAAAUAAGGCUCAGAUUAACUAGGUGCAGGAGAAGAAAAACUGCUCACUUGGCAGAAAAUCACUUUUUCAAGUUUCUCAACCUUUUGAAAUGGGGGUGGAAGGGAAAUAACGCUGGCACCCAAGAAAGGAACACGUCCUAAUAAACAGGGAGGAUGUGGGCUUCUAAAAACCAUUCAGAGUAGUUGUUGGAAGGUAUUUGCAAGGUAUCCCACGUGCAAAACGAGAAGAGCCCAAAUCUGUAAUAGCAGAAUAGAAGAUUCUUGGAAGGGCCAACAGUCUGUCUCUUCCUCUUCUUAAAGAAUCACACUCAUGAGGUUUUGCUGUUCUUGCACAAGAACCUGAAGUUUUGCUCACCCCACCCCACCCCGUGCAAGGCAGCCAAAGCACAUCUCCCCUCUGUCCCUCUAAUCAAACAACAAUUCUCAAAUCCGUCACCCGCUUUUUUUCCAAAUCUCCACAGUGCUCCUUCCCCCCAACACAAUCCUUGGGCCCAAAGUUUGUCUCCACUGUCAACUUGUCUGGUGGAUUUUUCCCCAGGACCCUCUCCCAGAUUUGGCAAGUCCGUUUUCUACUUGAAUCAGGCCCCCUUUGUUUAAGAGGAGGAGGAGAAGGAGGGGAUCCUCGAUGACUUCAAGAUGUUCAUUUAGUGAUUUCUUUCUCCUGCCUGCCUGGGACUGAGAAAUGGGGCUACAGGGAGGGAUAUGGCUGGAGGGGCUUGAUGUAUUAUAAUAAUCCUUAUGUUUCUAAAAAAAAUUAUUAAUAAUAUUUUUUUCUGUUUUUGGUGCCAUAACUUUCCCCAUGUACAGUUUUCCUCUUCCUGUUUUUUAUUUUUGUUUUUGUUUGUUUGUUUGUGCUGCCCCGCCCAACCCCUUUUUCUUUUCCUGUCUCCUCUGUGUGGGUGAUUAAAAACUAAUGUGAGUGUGUGUAUGUAUGUCUUUUUUUAUAUAUGAAGAAAAAUGUUGCGGGGAAACUUAGACAUAUGUGUCCUAUGGAAUGUAUUAGAAAAUAAAACACUUU